GGUAAACGUAGACUUGUAUUUGCUUAUUGGAUUCGAGAUUGGUGAGUGGUGGGUUAGAGUAGGCAGUGAUUCUUGCUAAAACCUCACCUUCCUGUUUAGUAGCUGUGUUGGCUUUAAUUCAACUGUAUUCUACUACUGUAGUCGUAAACCUAGUACUAGUGACAUGAUUAUAGUUACCUACUGCGCAUGUCAAAAUAUAAUUUAUUCCUUCCAUAUUGUUUCACCUGCGACGAGAAUAAAGUCGCCGCAUGUGAUUUGUGAAUUAACUUAAAAGGCGUGUUUUCACUGGACGGGUUGUUCCGUCAACAAAUCACAAUUUUUGGUCAGUGUUUGGUGACCUGAGUCAAGUUCAAGAUCUGUCAGUUUUAUAGUCUGAGUGAAGACGUGAAGAGAAACAUGUUGUAUUUACCCAUGAGCUUGCUUUGCCUACUGGGGACCGUCUUUGGCUACCCUGAGUUCCGUUUAUACGAACCGUCAGUGAGAACAUCAGGAACGGUAUUUCUUGGAAAAUCGUAUAGGUUCGACGAUGCAAAGUACCUACAUUUGAACGUUACAGUCGACGCAUUUGAAGGCAUACCGUACGCCGAGCCCCCGGAGCGAUUCACGCCCCCAGAACCGAAACGCACAACACCAUGCGUUUACAAUGCUACUUUCAAUCGACCAAUUUGUUCUCAAGAACCGUCGCCAUAUAUAUCUAACCACGUGGAAACAAGCGAGGAUUGCUUAUAUUUGAGCGUAUACACACCAAAGCUAUGUGAACGACGGGAUACUAACCUGGCGGUAAUGGUAUGGCUUCAUGGGGGGUCGUUUUCGUUCGGGAUGGGCGCCAACGAAUUAUACUCACCUGUACCGAUCGUGGCUAUUGGCAACGUCAUUGUAGUCACGCUGAAUUACCGUUUAGGUUUUCUUGGCUUCAUGUCUACAGGUGAUGAUGUUGUUCCUGGCAAUAUGGGGUUGUUAGACCAAAUCAUGGCUCUUCAAUGGGUUCAAGCAAAUAUAAAAGCUUUUGGUGGUGAUCCAAGCAAAGUAACGGUAUUUGGGGACAGUGCUGGCGCCAUAAGCGCCGGUAUUCAUCUGUACUCUCCUAAAAGUGCUGGGCUGUUUAGCAACGUUAUCAUGACGAGUGGCACGUAUCUAACUCCGCGUUUCAUUGUGAACCAAAGUACAGUUUCACGCAGAUCUCGAGCGCUUGGAAAGAGUUUAGGCUGCAACCAGGAAAACUCUACAGAAUUUGUCAACUGUCUGCGCAUGAUCGAUGUCAAUGCACUUGUUGUCAAUCAGACAGUCAGAACAUUACUUGAAACCAGAGAAAAUAUCGGUAUAGUACCGUUCACACCAGUCGUCGAUGGCUCUAUCAUCUUAAGGAGAGCAAUGGAGAUGGCACAAGGAAAAAUGAACGGUGCAAACGUCAUCAUUGGCUCUAGCGCCAACGAAGGUUCAAUAUUUAUUUCGUUGCACAUCGAAAGUAGUGAAGAACCACACAUCGAUAAAGAAAAAUAUGAUAAUUUAACUAAGAAAAUAUUUAUAGAGUAUGUAUCAGACCCGUUUCUAAGCGAUGCUAUCGACAUGGAAUACCUUAACAACAAACAUAUGUAUAACCCUAACAAGAAUCGAUAUAAAGAAUUGAGCGAAGCGCUUGGUGACUGGUGGUUUGUCUGCCCGGCCGAUAAAACUGCCAGAGAACUGACUCAGAAGAGGAAAAAUGUUUACUAUUAUCAGAUGACACAAGUUCCAAAUGCUUCCUUGUGGCAGAAAAACUGGUUAAAAGCAACACAUAAUGAAAUAUUAACGUACAUAUUUGGCUAUCAAUUUAAUGAAAAUAUACCUUACAUUGCUGGGCGGCUGUCUGAGGACGAUGUACAGAUGACAAAAAAGACGAUACAGUACUUCACAAAUUUCGCAAAAACAGGAAAUCCAAAUGAGGAGAAUUCGACCGAAAAUCCAGCUACCGAUUCGCUACCAUUUUGGGGUCAGUUUACUGCACCGGAACUUACGUACAAGAAGUUGUCAGCGGACAUGGAUAGUGCAAAAGCCUUGAAGGUGAAGGAAUGUCGAUUCUGGAACGAGUACUACCCUCGAGCGGUCAAUCUCACAGGUGCAAUUGUUUACAACUAAACUUCUCAUCAACUAACAUCAUGAAUAAGAAGCGAACAGGAAGUGACGUGAGAAAACAGGAUUUCUGACUACUGUAUAGCAUUCAAAUUAUGAUGUGACCGAAUAUGUUGUACAUAAUUUAAAUUAUGUGCGCCUGCACGGACUAAGAAUAUAAUACUAAUUUUAUAUAUAUAUGUAUUUGGAUAUUUAUAUAAACGAUAUAAAGUAACUUAUUGAAAUGCUGCUAAUUAUAAACUUCAUUGAAGAAAUAUGACCAAACAAUAAGGAGACAAGAGAACGUGAAACUAAAACAAAUUCACGACGUCCGUGACCGUCUUUAGUUUUCUGCACACCGCAGAUUCGAACCAAACCACGUCCUACACUGAACCUUUCGGGAUAGUCAAUUAAACUUAACAAUUGACCAACCAGAACAAGGCCAAGAAUACCCGCAUGUCCAACAAACUCACUAGGGUGGUGUCAAGGGGCCGGGGGCCAGGGGGCCAUCGGGGAGAGCUGCCGUCCCGUCGGGGAGAAACAAAAAAUGUGUAUUUUGUACAUAUUAGUAGUCUUUAAAAUCGAUUAAAUAACAUUUUAUGGGGAUUCGCCCCCUGGACCACUUUCGGAACAUUUAAGCGACGCUCGCCCACUUUGCUCUAGUCGGGGACUGACGGAAUUCCUGGCGCCACCCCUGAAGCUCACACGUUUAUAUCAAUGUUUUAUGGGACUGGUCGGGCAAUUUCUGAAGAGCGAGGCUUAGCUGGCCACGAGAUUCAAACCAAACUACGUCCUACACUGGUCUUUUCCGGAUAGACAAUUAAUACUCACACAUCCUCCUAAAAACACGCAUGUUUACAUCGAAGUUUUGUGGCACAUAAUUAAGGCCUACAAAGGGCGGAGCUUAGGUGAACUUGGUCAAUUCAGACGUCGAAAUUCCUCAUGACUUGUUUAGGUGUUUAAAAAUCAGCAUUGACAUAGGCCUACAUCAUCCUCGGCCUACUCACCACUAUGAUACAUUGGACAUACAAAUCUAAGUGUGAUGUUGGUACUUACUCCUUGUUUAUGAUAACUGCAAGUGACCUGACGUAAAUUAUUACUAUAUACGUAAGUUUAAUCAACCACAGAGUGUGUGUAUAUUUGGUAUUUUGCUUUCUUGUUUAAUACUUGGGACUGCCAAACUUUUUAUAGAAACUUUUUUCCUCUAUGUCUUAGCCCUCCUAUUGUAUUUGAGGGAUUUGAGUAUUGUGAUGAAUUAUAUUUUGACAUCAGUGUAAGAAUAGUCAAACAUUGAAUGACAUUGUUCAUAAACUUUCGUUUUUGAUCAUCAGUAGGAGGUAUAGUUUACAAAUAAGACUCUUCAUACUGCCCCUGUUGUGAACACGAAGAGACCCUUGGGGAGAAGCAAGUUAUGGUACCAGCUAGUUUACACCAUGGGCGCUUUGAGACUUUGGUAUAAAGCUCUACAACUACAUUAACUACAUUAAUUACUAUUCCAAUUAUUUAUUAUUUACUUGUUUAUUAUUUUGUAGUAACAAUGUAUAUAUUUAGUAUUUUUUAAUUAAUGAGGGCAAAAUUUAUAAAAUUUAUUACAGUAUCCGGAAUUGGAAUUGUUAUGAGUCCUGUAUUUUGUGAACUCCACAUGAAAAUGUUUUAAUUAUUUCUAGAUUUUAAAGUUUUUAUAUGUUAUUGAUCCUGCCGUAUUGUUCUCUCAAGUAACUUUCAAAAUGGAAAUUCAUCUAACAUGGCAACAUUAAUUCGGCCUAUGUAGGCCUACUUUUAUACUUUUGUGCUGUUUACUUUGUGAAUAUAAAUUACCGUAAAUUUAA